GGACCGCUUGGUGUCCCGGUGGGUACCACUACAUGAUUGGCUGAUGUGGCAGUCAGUCACAUCAAGCUCAAGGUCCCAUUGGUGAAAGACUAGCCCGUCGACUGUGACUCUCGCGGUACUGCUGCGUGAAGAUGGCGGCCGAACUGGUGGAGGCGAUGAACAUGGUCAAAAGUUUCCGGGUCUCAGACCUGCAGACGCUGCUGGCUUCCAUGGGGCGCAGCAAAAGCGGGCUGAAGCAGGACCUGGUGGGCCGUGCGCUGAGGCUGGUGCAGACAGAAUACAGCCCCGAGCUGCUGAAGAACGUCCGGCAGCUGUAUGAGUCGCGUUUCCCCAAAACCACCGGCUGGCUGGCGGCACGGCGCCCAGAGGGCAUCCCGGUGUCUUACUCGUCCCUCAGCUCGUCCCCGUCUGCCACCUCUCAGGGUGUUGAAUACCUCAACGGCAUGUCCAAACCGAUGGCCACCCCUCCACCGGAGGUCAAGCUGGUUCCCCUGCCCUUCUAUCAGACAUUGGAAACACUGCUGCCUCCAACAGAGCUAAUUAGCCAGAGUAAUGGGAAACUGCAAGACAAUCAGUGCAUAUUUGAAUUAACACCCAGUCAAGCAGACCAAAUCAGAAACGCACGUGAAAUUCGUCCAGGAAUGACUUCAAUUCAAGUGGUUCUUAGAAUAUGUUACACAGACUCCAUUGGUGUCCAAGAGGACCAGUAUCCCCCCAACAUUGCUGUUAAAGUCAACCAGACCUACUGUCAUGUCCCAGGCUACUACCCCUCUAACAAGCCUGGCGUUGAACCUCGUCGUCCUUGUCGUCCUGUGAACAUCACUCCAUGUUUGCAUCUUUCUAGCCUCACUAACAGAGUCACCAUCACCUGGGGAAACUUUGGCAAGCGGUACUCUGUAGCAGUUUAUUUAGUGAGGAUGUUCACUGCAGCAGACCUCUUCAACCAGCUCAAAUUAUGCUCCGUUGAGAGUGCAGAACGCUGUCGUGAGCGCAUUCAAGACAAACUUCGUUUUGACCCAGAGAGUGAGAUUGCCACUACAGGCCUCAGGGUUUCUCUCAUUUGUCCACUGGUGAAGAUGCGGAUUGGUGUGCCAUGUCGAGUUUUAACCUGCGCCCACCUUCAGUGCUUCGACGCGGUCUUCUUCCUGCAGAUGAAUGAGAAGAAGCCCACAUGGACUUGCCCCGUGUGUGACAAGCCUGCCCCCUUUGAGCUGCUCACUAUUGAUGGGUUGUUGUCCACAAUUCUGAAAGAGACAAAUGAGGAUAUUGAGGAAAUUGAGUACCUGACCGACGGCUCCUGGCGACCCAUUAGUGACGACAAAGAGAAGGAGAAGGAACGAGAACGCAGCAAUACGCCAGAGUACUCGGUGGUUGAUAUAUGUGUUCCUGAGACAAAUGGUCAUUCGCCGGCCCACAGCAGUGCCAGUCUGACGGGCAAAUCUGGAGGCGCACCUGACUUUUCCGGAGGAGGACCCGCUGCGGCGCAGCCUGGAGGCGUUGUGGUUGAUCUAACUCUUGACUCCUCCUCUGAGGAGGAAGGGGGCGGGGCCGGGGGUGACAGCGAGGACACUGAGGACAGCUCAGACAGCACUGCCCCCAAGAGACGCCGAUACGACUAUGACAAGGACUUGGUCACUGCAUACUGACCCCCCUACCCUCUGCACCACAACCAUUACACCCUCAUGACCUUGACACACAGACUGAGAAGCUAGUGGGGCUGAAAGCAGGAGUGAUCCGUAGUCGCCCAAACAGCAGAAUCUUCUCCGAAUCAACUCUGAUUAACUCCUAACACACAUACACAAAGUUAAUGAACCUAUCUUGUGUCAUUAUUAGGAUUGUUCUUUAUACUCAACUUGACUGGAGGAUACACUACCAGUUUUGACCGACUGUCACCCUGCAGCAAAUAUUUUAACUCUACUUCCUCAGUGAGAGAAAUGAGACCACACCUCUGACCCUUUCUCUCCUUCUCCUCUUGACAGUUCCUUUCCUCAUUGCUAUCCGACCAGAAACAAUAGGCUCUUUAAGCUGCCGGUGUUCAGCGGGCAUCUGGUUUUCUUUGUUUGGGUACAUUUGUGAUAAAGUGGGCAAAGAAAAACGACAAAUGGCAAAAGAAUAACAGCAAAGUGGAAGGAACGAAAUGGAUGCUUGGUGAAACCUCUCCCACUGUUCUAUACAUAUAGGUUUUUGUCAGGAAUUUAUCCUUUUUAUUAUGGAAAAGUAUACAACAUCGGCCGCAAUAUGUAAUGUUUCCUGUUUUGUUUUUUUGUUUGUUUUAAUUUUGUCCUAUGUAAAAGGAAACCUACCUCAGUCAUUAUACACUUAGCAGACUGAUCAGCGAUCAAAAAGCUUAGAAGCCAAUUUUUACACUGGAUAAAUUUUGUUUUCAUUAAUGUAUUUUUUAAAAACGGAGUCAUUGUUCUAUGCAGUUGAAUUUGAGCGAUGUGUGACAGGAUUUAACAGGCUCAAUAGCUGCUUCAAUAGGGGACGGUUGUGAAGUUUGGAGGCCACUGUGUAGUUAGCGGAGGAGAAUGCGCUCUGCGCUUUUUCUUGAGCUUUCCCCUAUUCACCUGUGUGUCCUUUAUGCAGGUAUCUCUAAAUUAUUCACACGUGUUUUCCUUUUUACCCUCCCGAAUUUGUCUCUAAAUCUAUGGUUACUAUUACUACGGUUUGGAUGUUGAGCUGUGUAAUUGGUGUGGGAAUUUGAGCACUGUUUCACAGGACCUUGCUGCUUUAUGCCGUGCGUGUCGGCGCUCAAACCAAACCGCUUGUCUAUGUACGAGCCCACCGUGCUAAAGAGUCACUGAUUGGAUUACAAGUUUCUUGUUGACCCACAAUCCCCAUCUGCCUCCUGGCAGUGUCGUUUCAGGUCACCACCACCACCAAGUCUCCCUAUUUGUGUUGUCCAUGAGGGAAGUUGUUGCUGGAAAGUGAGGCCUGCAUUUCCCUCUUUUUUUCUGCGCAAACACAAUUACUUUUUGAAAUAGGGUCAGUCAAAUCUGGUCUUCCGAUUUCAUUCUAUGUCUGUAGGUUAUUCUCAACAAGGAGUACAAACAAUAUAAGAAACCCAUCCUGUUUGUAAGUAACUGCUUCUAAAAAAAAAAGGACACAUUUGUUGCUAUAGGUUGUAGAUUGUCAUUCAUUGGUUUUGUUUGCCUUACAUUGGAAUCUGAGUGGUAUGGAACUGAGCCAGGUGAUGUUUUUUUGAGGGGGAGGCAUCCUAUAUGUUGUGGCAUCUCUUAUUCUUCAGAUGGUAAACAUGCAUUAAAAGUAGCAUGGACAGAGGCAUACAAUCCAUAAUGUAAAUGUUUUUUUUUGGUUGGUUGUUUUUUUUAUAUGUUCAUAUUAAAAAGACAAUAAAAUUUAAAUAUUU